CAUGGGCAUGGCCGCCACUCUACGCCUGAUCUACCGCGAGAACGGCGUUACGCGAGGACUGUACCGCGGCAUGAGCAUCAACUACAUGCGCGCGAUUCCUAUGGUGGCCGUGUCGUUCUCCACCUAUGAAAUCACCAAGCAGGUCCUAGGGCUCGACACGGGCCUCAGGAUCAAGACUGGAUAGGCAAGGUUGUUGUUGGAAUUGGAUGGGAUGAGGUCAGUGGGUUGUUUUGGAUUUGAUCGCGUUGGAUCGGCAUGGAUCUAGUGACCCCAGAUUGGAUUAAGGUUUCGAGAGCCCGUUUGUUAUUUCAGGCAGAUGAGAGCAAUGAAGAGUAAGAGAUUAGAAGCUGUUUUAACUUUGAUUGUAAUACUGUUUUUUUUCUAAUUUUGGGUGGGACUUUUUUUUUUCUUUUUUGUAUUAUGAUGUAAAGGUAUAGGAACACUCAUUGUCCUUGCAUUUAUUAUGAUUAAAUUUUGUAAGAAAAGAUGUGUAUAUGUAUCCAUUUAUUUGGUUAAUUAGAAAAAAAGACACAAAGAAAUAUAUUUGGAUGAAAUUCUUGAUAGAAUUGGAUUAAAUUAGAUAUAAAAUUUUUGUUAGUUGAUGAAGGCAUUAGGUUGUAGGUAUUUCCGAUGUUUUGUACUUACGACACUCUUUUUUUGGUAUAUUUGACUUCCAUUAGAUUGUAAACGUAAAGCGUACAAAAUUAUUGUUAAGGAACUGUGGUAUCGGCAAGAGUCUAGUGUGAUUUGAGAUUUUUAUGGCAGAAACAGAAGACUUUGAUAUAAGUAUUGAAUAUUCAAAAUAACUUUCUUAGUAACAUUGUUUUAUUGUAACAUGACUGGUAAUAUGUCUGAAUGACUUUA